AUGAAUGAACAAUUUAGAAAGUUUCUAUUAAAUCAAGAGAAGAAUGAAGUUUAAUAAAAAAAGUCAGAAAAUGCACCUCCAAUUAGAUUGAAAACAUAAUCUAAAAGAAAGACUAAUGUAGAUUUGGGUUAAGAAACAUUUGUUUAAAAGAAGGUGAAACCAGAUGAAUAAAAUGAAAAGAAGCAACAUAAUCUUAUGGAAAAAUUGUAGAUGAAUCCAAUUGAUUUAGUAAAAUGUACUAAAUAAUACUCUUAUGGCAAUUAUAAAAAAUAUUACCAUUUAAGAUUAUAAUAAAAGUGGGAAGAUCCAAGAUUAACAAUAUUAGAUAGUUGCUAUUUUACAGAUAAAUAAAUUCUUGAUAUUGGUUGCAAUGAUGGAACAUUGACUUUAUUAAUUGCACUUAAGUUUAUUAUUCUUUAAUUUUAUAAGACAUUACCCUAAAUUGAUUAGAGGAAUAGAUAUUGAUUAUACUUUAAUUAACAAGGCUAUUGAAUAAAUGGUUCAUUUAGAUGAUUAAUAGAAGAAAAUUUAGAAAUAGGAAUUCAAACCAAUUAUUGAGGAUUUACCUGUGAGUUUUGAGAAAUAUAUGGAAUAACCUAGUUAAUAUUAAUUAUAAUAUUAGUAUCUAAAGCAAUUGAAUAAUAAUACAUUAAUUAGACAAUAGAAGACAUGAAUAUAUAGAAAGAGCAUAACAGUAUUUAAUUUAAUUAGAUAGCAAAGGACAAUACAUUUCCACAUAAUGUUUAUUUUAGAGUAUAAAAUAUUAUUGGUAAUAAAAAAUAUGAUGAAAAAUAUGAUACAGUAUUAUGUUUAUCAAUUACUAAAUGGAUUCAUUUGAAUUUUGGAGAUAUAGGUAUUAAGAGAUUAUUCAAGACAAUUUCUAAUUUUUUGAAUGUAGGUGGUCAUUUAAUAUUGGAACCUCAAGAAUGGAAGAGCUAUAAAAAAAAGAAAUAUCAUAGUUUUGAAUUUAAAUAAAAUUAUAAGGAAAUAUAAUUAAAACCAUAAGAUUUUUCAAAGAUUUUAGAGAAAGAAUAUAAUUUAAAAUUAAUUUAAUAGAUAAAUCCAGAUGAUGAGAAUGCAAUAAAGAAAUCUAAAAGUACAUUUAGAAGACCUAUUUUAAUAUUUGAAAAGUAGAAUGAGAUUUGA